UGGUCAUCUGGUAAGGAACUACAUUUGCACUAUCUCACCACUCUGUUCUAUCCCAUCACAUGGUGUCCGGUUCGAACGCUGUGGUGGCCCCCAACUCGUGUCGGUAACGCACGAUUGCUUGUGGGGUCCUAAGCAAUGAAAGACAAUCUUGAGGGAGGUUUCACUCUGCAGAGGAUCUUUCACCGUGGCGUGGCGAGUGGGAUUGCACCAGUAAUGGGUGAGUGGUGAGAAGCGCAUCGGAUGUGGUGACUUAUAUUUUUUAGUUUUUAGUUGUUAGUUUUUAUUUAUUGUAUUUUUUCUGGUUAUAUCGCCUAUCGACUGUGUACCUACCAAGCCUCGCCUAACAGCCAUAACUAGUUAGUGCAUAACUAGUUAGUGUACCUGACUGCGAGAUUGCCGAUAAGGAUAAGGCCUUUAUCCUCAAGCAGGGAUCAGAUUAAUAACUUUUCUCACAUCAAACUACCCCCACCACAUAACCACCACAAUGUCCUCCUUCGCCUUCUCCUUCGGCGGCGACGACAUAGAAGAAACAACCGACGAUCUCACCAACCUAUCCCUUUCCCCCCCACCCCCCGCAGAAACCGGCACCCUCUCCCCUCGCCGCGCCUCGUCCGCCUUCCCCGUCGGCAACCAACCCCUCCUCCCCGCCACCUCACACUCCCUGUCCUCCCUCCUCACCGGGCUGCCUAGUAAAAUCGCAUACAGCACCCUCCCCAUCACUGUCGAUGGCGCAACGACCAUCGCCCUCCCGCGGCGCGAGCUCUGGGAUGUACGCGUCCAGUUGAUGGCUGAGGAUGAGGAGGUUGGGCUCGGGAGCGCAGAUGUCAAGACGGGGAUUUAUGAGGGGGGAUUUAAGAGUUGGGAGAGUAGCGUGGAUUUGGUGCGCGAGUUGGCUGGGGAGGGGUUGAAGGGCCGGAGGAGGUUUUUAGAGCUUGGAUGCGGUACUGCGCUGCCUAGUUUGGCGAUCUUGCAACGGCAUCUUGAGAAGGAGGUGAAGAAGGGGAAACUGGAACUCGGCUUCGCGGACUACAACCCCAGCGUCCUGCGACUGGUUACUGUCCCGAAUAUCCUCCUCACCUGGGCAGCAUUACGCACCACCCCCGACGACGCCGAGCCCUUCGAAGAGGAAGGCGAGCUCGACAUCGACGAGGACCUCAUCAGAGAAUUUACCACUGCCCUCACCACACAGAGUGUAACACUCUCCUUCUUCUCCGGCGCCUGGGGCACUGAAUUCGCAACGCUCGUCGAAGCUGCGCCCCGCGAUACGAGCGCCGAGCUGCUGGUAUUGGCUGCGGAGACAAUAUACUCGCCGGCCGCGCUGGAGAGUUUUGCGGAGGUGCUGAUGAGGAUUUUGGGAACGGAGAAUGGGGGUGGGGCGAUGGUGGGCGCGAAGAAGGUGUAUUUUGGAGUUGGGGGGUCGAUGGAGGAUUUUGUUGUUAGGGUGGAGGGGUUGGGGGGUGUGGUGGGGAGGAUUAGGGAGGAGGAGGAGGGGGUGAGGAGGGAGGUUGUUAUGGUUAGGACAAAGGAGGAGACGAAGGCUUGA